CAGAAUGCAUUGCAAAGGCACAAUCCCAGAAGCUGGUGAGCAGCACUCAUUCUAGCAGCACAGCCGAGGUGUUUUAGUGAGACAGACGGCAACACCAAAAGGGAUUUGUUCAGACCCCGAAACUGGUGGGUGUUUGCUGGCAGUGGACCAUCAGAAGUGCUUCAAGUGCGCUGCCAAUGGCUAAGGCUGGAAUUUUAGCCCUGACGGUCACCGUUCUGCUGCUCUGCAGAUUUUCCUCAGGCAAGACUGACUUGGAGAUUGUGCAGUCUCCUCCUUUUGUGACGGCAGUAGAGAAAGACCCUGUAGUUUUGCAAUGCACCAUCAAACAUCAUCUGUCUGGUUUCCAAAUGCGGUGGUACCGGGAAACGGCCAAGAGUAAGGGUCACUUCUACUCGGCCACCCCACCACGUCAUCGACUGAAUGAUGGCAGAGCUCAAUUAGUGAACGAAGAUGGGAACAUGGUGUGGUCGCUGAAAAUCACUGAUCUGAAAGAGGAGGAUUCUGGGGUGUACUACUGUCAAAUGUAUGAAAUGAUGGAGACGGGAAAAGAGGAGCUGAGGUCCUCAGGAACUGGAACUCAUCUGAUUGUAGAAGCUCCAUUGACGAUACUUCAGUACCCUUCACCUGCAGUUAUGGAGAAGAACUCCAUCACUCUGACCUGCCUCAUGGGAAACGAGGCACCUGAAGGUACUGUUCGCUGGUUUCGAGAAACUGGCCAGGGACAUGUUCACUUCUUUUCUGAUAAACCUCCUGAAUACAAGCUGAAUGAUGGAAGAGCAAGCUGGGUCCACAGUGGCGUAACAGGGGACAAUUCCAUCACUGUAACGGAUUUGAGCGUGGAUGACUCUGGGGUUUAUUACUGUGAGAAAUAUCGCAAGCUCAACAAUGGAAAAGAGGAGCUGUUGGCGUCAGGACCAGGAACAAAGGUCACUGUAGAAGCUGAGAUCGUUCAGUCGCCUGCAUCGGUGACAGUCAACGUUGGUGAUUCAGUGACACUUUUAUGUGCAAUAUCUGGGUCUCAAGGAUUUGUUCGCUGGAUGAAGGAGACCAAGCAAGGGUCAGUUCGGGUGGAUCUCGCUAAACUAGGGCAUGGGGAAGAGAACAGCGACAGGGUCCACUGGCACAACAACAAUGAGAAAUGGGAGGCUUCGAUCACCAUCGACACAGUGAAGACUGAAGACUCGGGGGUCUAUUACUGCCAAAAAUAUACAAUAAUUAACCCAGGCAAGGAGCAGAAGGUGUCGUCUGGAGCAGGAACUGAGCUAAUAGUAAAAGAACCUCCUGCCCUGCAAGUCUUCCAGCCAAAGACACAGAUCUUAUGCAAGAAGGGGACUAGCGUAGUCCUGAACUGCUUCACGUCCCCUCUCGACUCCAGUAGCAUUGUGACGUGGUACCGCAACACGGCAAAUGGAGAAAAGGCCUUCAUCUCAUCAAAGGUUCCUGGUGAAGAUGAUGAAACAGAUCCCCGUAUCAAUUUUACAAAGCAGCAGCAAGAUAAAGUAGACUGGUCAAUCACCAUUGAGAAGCUGAAGGUAAAAGACAGUGGAGAGUAUUACUGUGAAGUAUCGGACACACGCCAAACAAUCACAAGUGUGGCCGUCAAACUCAGUGUAACAGGUGAGUUACUCGAAAUACGUGUUCACUCUCAACGUGGCUUUCAGAUCAGAGCCGGGCUAUCCAAUAAGUGACCUAGUCGUCCAAAG